CAAGCCCAGCUGGACCCAGGUACUUCAGGAAAAGGGCCCGUCUGUCUUUCAUGUCCGUCUGCAAAGACACCUGGCCAACUCCUCGACCUCUGGGGAACCUUCCUCGGAGCAUCUCGCCGGGAACCUCUACGACAGUAGGUGACACCAGCUUCUCCCACCUGGCCGGCCAGGCUUGCUCGCUAAGCUGCCGACUGGGUAGCAGCAAGCUCAGAGGGCUCCAGACUUUAAGGGGUGCAAGCGAGGCUUCACCUCGGAGAGUGCCAAGAGGAAGAACCUGCAGCCAGUUCGGCGGUACCCAGCCACCGACGGACCCCCUCCAUCUGGCACUGUCCUUGUCACUCUCCCCAGAUUCCUGACAGAUGCCCACAGAGAGGACCGGAGCCUGUGGGGAGGGGCGGCGGUAAGACCCAGCAGCACAGGUGCAAGCAGCGGGAAAGCGGAUCCCAAACCCUAAGCACAGCGGCCUACCGGGCGGAGUCUGCAAAGCCAGCGCUAAGGGGGAGGGGUGCAUGGUCCUUUGUCCCCGCCCCGGGGGCGGAGCCGAGGUUCGAGCCUGCAAAGCGUGGUCCUCGCGGUAGCCCAGCCUGGACCCUUACACUCCCUACGGCGCCCCGACCUUGGGAUUCCGGAAGACCAGCCCCCGUCGCUGUCCUUCGACCUCACAGCCCCGCAUAGGCUCAGGUGCAGCCGCCCCCCACCGGGCCUGGCGCACUGGGCUGCGGCAGCCAUGGCGCGGGAAGACUCCCCUCGGGACAGCUACCACCUAGUCGGGAUCAGCUUCUUCAUCCUGGGACUGGGCACCCUCCUCCCCUGGAACUUCUUCAUUACCGCUAUCCCGUACUUCCAGGGGCGGUUGGCAGGGGCCAACAGCACAGCUGAGACCCUGAGCACCAACCACACCGGUCCCACAGACAAUUACAACUUCAACAACUGGGUGACGCUGCUCUCCCAGCUGCCUCUCCUGCUCUUCACGCUCCUCAACUCCUUCCUGUAUCAGUGCAUCCCUGAGGCGGUGCGUAUUCUGGGCAGCCUGCUGGCCAUACUGCUGCUCUUUGCCCUGACGGCAGCAUUGGUGAAGGUGGACUUGAGCCCUGGGCUGUUCUUUUCCAUCACCAUGGCAUCCGUCUGGUUCAUCAACUCCUUCUGUGCAGUGCUUCAAGGUAGCCUCUUCGGGCAGCUGGGCACCAUGCCUUCCACCUACAGCACCCUCUUCCUCAGUGGCCAGGGCCUGGCUGGGAUCUUCGCGGCCCUUGCUAUGCUCAUGUCCAUGGCCAGUGGUGUGGAUGCCCAGACCUCUGCCCUUGGGUACUUCAUCACACCCUGUGUGGGCAUCCUCCUCUCCAUUGUGUGUUACCUUAGCCUGCCUCACCUGGAGUUUGCCCGCUACUACCUGUCCAAGAAGCUGUCCCAGGCCCCAGUUCAGGAGCUAGAGACCAAAGCUGAGCUCCUCCAAGCUGAUGAGAAGAAUGGGAUUCCCAUCAGCCCCCAGAAGGCAGACCCAGCUCUGGAUCUUGACCUUGAGAAGGAGCCGGAGUCAGAGCUGGAUCUGGACGAGCCACAGAAGCCAGGAAAACCUUCUGUCUUUGUUGUUUUCCGGAAGAUCUGGCUGACGGCGCUGUGCCUUGUGUUGGUCUUCACAGUCACCCUGUCCGUCUUUCCUGCCAUCACAGCCAUGGUGACCAGCUCCACCAGCCCCGGGAAGUGGAGUCAGUUCUUCAACCCCAUCUGCUGCUUUCUGCUCUUCAACAUCAUGGAUUGGCUGGGCCGGAGCCUGACUUCCUACUUCCUAUGGCCAGAUGAGGACAGCCGGCUGCUGCCCCUGCUGGUGUGCCUGCGCUUCCUGUUUGUGCCACUCUUCAUGCUCUGUCACGUGCCCGAGCGUGCCCGGCUGCCCAUCAUCUUCAGGCAGGACGCCUACUUCAUCACAUUUAUGCUGCUCUUCGCCAUUUCCAACGGCUACUUGGUGUCUCUCACCAUGUGCCUGGCACCCAGGCAGGUGCUGCCACCUGAGAGGGAGGUGGCUGGAGCGCUCAUGACCUUCUUCCUGGCCCUAGGACUGUCCUGCGGAGCCUCUCUCUCCUUCCUCUUUAAGGCUUUGCUCUGAGGCCCACCGUGCUCCCCACAGCCCUCC